UGGGUACGCUUGGAAUUUCUCUACUAAAAUGCCCAUGCCAUAUUUUCUUAAUUACUUAGUCAAGUGCCUACCCAAAUUUGACGAAUUGUGCCAAAUGCGAGACUCGAACCCGAGCGAGCUCCUCCUUAUCCUAAGAAGCGCACGUCCACCACCAUCCCGUCUAUCACGCGCUAUUUGCAAUUAUUUUACAUUUAAAUACUAAGAAUACGUUUAGCGGUUGGCUCGUCCUCCCACCUCUCCCAAACCCUAGUAAUGGUGAUGCAGAACAGUUAGCAGAGACGGGCUUCUGCCUAAUAUAUGUAGAAACGGUUGUUGAAGUUAAACGCAACAUGGAGGAUUUGGACGAUAUUUUCCUUGACCCUUCUAAUGCCCUUGCUCGUCCUGGCGGCCGAUUUCGACCCAAGGCGAAGCCCCGGCCAAGCAAGGUAGCAUCUACAGCAGCUGCUUCUGCUCUCCCUAAUGACAGAACGGAAAAACCUGCCACAUUAUCUCCCACUGUCUCAGAUACUGUUCCAUCGGUUAAAUCCGUUGAUGUUGGAGAUGUUAAAGUAACAGAUCCUGUAGGUUCGUCCUUAGCCACAUCAGAGAUUCUUGGGAACAUAGAGCCAGCAAAAAACAAUGAGAAUUUAUGUACAAAUGUUGCAUCGUCUGAUGGCAACAAGGAGACGAAACCUUGUGAGUCAGCUGCAACAGCUGCUCCUCAACCGGAGGUUGCAGCUUCUGCUGGAACAGCAGCAGGGGAGAAUGCAGACAUAUUCUCUGGGUUGGAAUGUCUUGAUGGUUUUCUAGGUCAAACUACCAGGGGUACAGCAGAGAGUGCUGCCAGUAAAUCCCAUGUUUCUGCUGAGUCUUCAGCGUUCAUGGUUUGUGAUGUUGCAGAAGCUCAAACUUUUUCUGAUUGUUGUACAACCCAAGAUCCCGUGUCCUGCAGAGAAGUUUCUGUUUCUAACAAACCGGAUGAAGUGCAGUUAGAAACAAAGGUAGAUGGGGCUUUCUCAGAAUUUGAAGUUCUAGAUGUUGUGUCUGAUGCUACCAUUUUGUCUGGACAACGUGUUGGAAAAUUUCAACCCAAGCUCAAAGUGAAAAAAGGAAAGGAGCAUCUGCACAUCCCUCCCGCUGAAGUUGAGUGUAUGCUUUCACAAGCUGUGUUGGUGCCUUCUGAAACUGACAUGAAUGAGAGCUCACUUCCUGCCCCCACACCUGGACAUGUUCUUGAUCACCCGUCUCCAAGGUUUGGUGAUUCUAGUACCCCACAUCCAACCUCUGAUCCCCUAGUGAAUACAGGAUACAUUGCAGAAACUACCCACUCAGAUGGUGCCAUUUUUGGGGAUGAUGUGCAUUCAGAAGAUGUUGGGGGGACACCUGGAAAAGAGGGUCAUAAGAGUAGAAAUAGAAAAGGUUCUACUGCAUCAAAUCGUUCUCAGAAGUGCAAAUCUUUUGCAGCCAGUGAGGAGGCUGAAGGUGGGACAUCAUCCAGGAAGUUGAGGAAGCGGUUACCUCGUCAAGAAGUUGAAGAGCUAGUGCAUGAGGUUCUAGUGGAUCAAACGUCAAUGAAGACGAGAAUAAUGAUAAUGAAUAUAGGGAGCAUAAGACAUCACAGAGGAAAAGAGCCCCAAGAAAGUCCAAGGAACCUGAAUCUGGAAAAGAAGAACCAGUACAAAAGCGUAAAAGAGCCAAGGAAGCACCUGAUAAAUCAACGAAAGACCCUCCCAAAAGGUUUUCCCAUUCAACUCGUAGAACCAAAAGACAUGUGGACAAGUCUUUGCUUGAAAUCCCAGAGGAUGAAAUUGACCAUCAAAGGUUGUCUCUAAAGAAUCUCAUUCGUCUAGCAGAGCAUAGGGAGCUGUUAGCGAUUAAAGAGGCAAGAAAAAUGACAACUCCAGUCCCCGAUGAAAG